CGUAGCCCGGGUCCUCAGUCCGGCUGAAAGUUCUGGAGAACAGGGUCAGAGCAGACCAGAGUCCGGGAGGACCAGGCUGGAUAUAAAGCAGAGCAACACACGGACAUUCAUUUAAUUUAAACGCAGACGGCCGGACGGAAGGACUCGGGUUCACUCGGCUUUGUUCGCUUCAACUCAGGAUACAAAAAAAAAAAAAAUAGUUUCAUUUUUAUUUUUUAAAAACAAUUUCGGUUCUUUAAAAAUCUAAAUGUUUUUUUCACGUUAAUGUUUCAUCUCAUUCAGACUAAAGAAGAAACUCCACUAACAGCUGACUGACGACACGUUGCGCAACCGGGACAAUAAUAACAACGAGACAAAGACGUCAUCACCGGACAGUCCGCUGCCGUUUCCCCAGUUCACACUUCACAAGGAAACCUUUUACUUUGUAUGUCUUCAACAACUGCUGCUGCACACGGACAGACAUCUCCACCCGGACUCUACCGGGUUUCUACCGGUUUCCUGUUGACUUGCGGUCCGUCUGUCUGAAGAGCACAAGAUGAGCAUCGGCAUGACUGCAGCCAGUUCGCAGUGGUGUCUGAAGAGGCUGUUGGACAAACCCCAGGACAAUUUACCGAAAUGGAAAGUAGCUCGUCUGGAUCCGGACCCUCCCGCCACCGGACUAUCACACCGCCUCAGGCCCAGAAGCCCCGCCCCUAAGUCCAACGAGAGCCAAUCCCCAACCAGAGUCGGAUCAUACUUCCUGCUGGAACGCUGCGAGGGGGAUAAGACUUACAGGGCCGAGCACGCACACACAAAGCAGCAAUACACCUGCCAGGUGCUUACUCUGCGUGGUUACCAGGAGCGGUUGGCUGCCUACGCCCGCGUCGGUCACCAUGACAACAUCUGCGGCCUGCUGGAUGUGGUGAUUGGCCAGGACAGGGUGUACGUCUUCCUGCCCGCUCACCACGGCGAUAUGCACGUGUACUUGCGAAGCAGGAAGCGUCUCGGCGAGCAGGAGGCGGGGCUUCUGUUCGCUCAGAUGCUGCACGCCGUCACACACUGUCAUCACCACGGCGUCGUCCUGAGAGACCUGAAGCUCCGCAGGUUCGUCUUCAUAGACAAGUGCAGGACGCGUCUCGCUCUGCUCGGCCUCAACGACUGCGUCCUCCUGCGUGGUAACCACGACGACGACUCUCUGACUGACAGACACGGCUGCCCUGCUUACGUCAGCCCCGAGCUGCUGACCAAUGGUAGCAGUCCUUACUCGGGCCGCGCCGCAGACAUCUGGAGCCUUGGCGUGUCUCUGUACACCAUGUUGAUCGGACGAUACCCGUUUCAGGACACACAGCCCGCCGCGCUGUUCACCAAGAUCCGCCACGGGGCCUUCAGCCUGCCUGAUUGGCUGUCACCGCGGGCCAAGUGUCUGAUUGGCUGCAUGCUGAGGAAGUCGCCCGCAGAGAGACUCACGGCGUCGGAGCUGCUGAUGCACCCGUGGCUGAACAAUCCCCGCACAACACACCACAGCACGCACAAGACGCAUCACAGCUCGCACAAAACACUACAGAAUAAACAAGAGGACGACGACCAGGUGGUGCCGACAUGGACAGAAAAACACUAACACACACACACACACACACACUGGAUUACUUGACCCGACCCUCAGUGUGCCUUCUUUCUCAAUUCAAGCUCCGCCGGCUCAAUAACAGCCAUCAGUACCACGAACCAGAACGAACAUCUUCUUUACAUCCCGGUGUUAAACAACGGACUCAUGGACUUCCUGCAUGGCCGAUCUGUUUCAGCCUCUUCAACGCCUGGUCACAUGAUCAUUCCUGAUUUAGGAAGUUGAUCAACUGAACACAGCAUUGGUUUUAAAGUGGACUUUGAAGGAGGCAGAGCCUGAAAUGGGACACAGCUACUUUCUCUCAGUGUUUACACUUCCUGGUUGCUCCCUAGAAUCAUAAGACGAGGUCAGUGUUGAAAAGUGUCCCAUCCUUCUCUCGUGAUCAUGGUUUAAGGGAAGCUGAGAAUAUGUUUCAGGCCCGUCUGUUUCCUCUCAGGAUCAAAACUUCAUUCUUUAAAUUUCAUAAGAAUUCUGUUUUUUGUGACGAUCAUAAAAAUGGUUAUUAAGAAAAAAGGUAUUUAAUCAUAUAAUUAGAUAUCAAAUGAUUUAUGUUUUCUUUAGACAUGACAUCUGAUUCUCCAAGGACGUCAAACAUUUUCACCACUGCAACAAUAAUAAUUACAAGCAGGUUUAUUCUGGGACGCCUCUUGUUCUCGAGGAUCAACAGACAUCCCAAAAUAAAAGCACAGUACAUUUGUGAUCAGAAAACAAUUUGUGAUCUGUGUCAAGGGGACAUUAUAAAUACAUCUCAGUAUAAAAGGAUCUAAUAUAAGCAGCGAGUGUUGAAUCAUGAGAAGAAGUCUUGUGUUUGCUUUGACUGACCGAUCACGACAGACCUGCAGCCAGCCAAUAGGAUGCCUUCUUCUGAAGGUGUCACACCUCAGUUACAGCACGACAAUAAAUAAAAGAUGUUUCACAAAC